AGGCGCCCUUCGACCAGCAGCGCCCGGGGCGGGCGGGUAUAAAUGGAGCGGUGGCUGCCCGAGCCGCCUCUCUCCGCCCCGGGUCGCCGCUGCCUGCGCCGCUUUUGGGCUCAGCAGCCCGAAGCAAAAAAAAGAAAAAGAUAAAAAAAAAAACCCGAAAACGCUUCAAAACCUAAAAAAAAAAAAAGAAAAAAAGCGAGUCCUCCUCGGAGAGCCGGCGGGGAAGUCACUUGCGCACGCUUCCGGCCUGCCUGCGCCCGACGUCCGUCCGUGUCCGUCCGUCCGCCCGCCCGCCGGCCCGGUGGUGAGCCGCGCGCCCGCCCGCCCCAGCCCUCCGCGCCCGCGCCUCCGUCCCGCCGCGCCGCGCCGCGUGGCACCGGCCCGCGCCCCCGCCGCCGGCCCGGCGCACCACGUGUCCGCGCUGCCCUUCGCCGCCGCGCCGCCGCCCGGGGCUUGCCGCGCCGGCACCCGCAAAGAUUUAGUUUCCCCUUCCCUGGCUGCUGUAAUCUUAAACCGCUGGGAGCCCGGGCCUAUAUUUAUCGAGAAACGCGUGUCCCCAAGGCCAACGUGGGCAGCAUCUGGCUGCCUCUGGAAGAAUUUUUUUUUUUUUUGCCCCACUAAGGCAGGGGAUUUCCCCACUUGAUUUUUUUUUUCUUUUGGAAUUUGGAGCUUUGAGCCAGGACAGCUGGAAAUAACAAACUCCCGGGGAGGGCCAUAUUGUUUUUUGAGAGCCUUUGUCUGGGGUUCUGCGUCCCGUGUGAGCCGACCCCAAGCUCCCCGUGCAGCCUCGGAGCCUUCUGACUGUAUCUUCCCCCGCGUCGCCCUGUGCCACCUGUGAGCCGCGGCGCGGCCCACGGCUCCGAGACGAGCCCCUUUUGUCCUGCGUUGGGCCCUGUGAGAAGUCCUCCUGGCGGGGCUCGGGGUGGUGGGGGGCGGGGAGAUGAACGCUGCAGCCAGCAGCUACCCCAUGGCCUCCCUCUACGUGGGCGAUCUGCACUCGGACGUCACCGAGGCCAUGCUCUAUGAAAAGUUCAGUCCAGCGGGGCCUGUGCUGUCCAUCCGGGUCUGCCGAGAUAUGAUCACCCGCCGCUCCCUGGGUUAUGCCUACGUCAACUUCCAGCAGCCAGCUGACGCUGAGCGGGCCUUGGACACCAUGAACUUUGAUGUGAUUAAAGGAAAGCCAAUCCGUAUCAUGUGGUCUCAGAGGGAUCCCUCUUUGAGAAAAUCUGGUGUGGGAAACGUCUUCAUCAAGAACCUGGACAAAUCUAUAGAUAACAAGGCACUUUAUGAUACCUUCUCUGCUUUUGGAAACAUUCUGUCCUGCAAGGUGGUGUGUGAUGAGAAUGGCUCUAAGGGUUAUGCCUUUGUCCACUUCGAGACCCAAGAGGCUGCCGACAAGGCCAUCGAGAAGAUGAAUGGCAUGCUCCUCAAUGACCGCAAAGUGUUUGUAGGCAGAUUCAAGUCUCGCAAAGAGCGGGAGGCUGAGCUUGGAGCCAAAGCCAAAGAAUUCACCAAUGUUUAUAUCAAGAACUUUGGAGAAGAGGUGGACGAUGAGAAUCUGAAAGAGCUGUUUAGCCAGUUUGGUAAGACCCUCAGUGUCAAGGUGAUGAGAGAUCCCAGUGGAAAAUCCAAAGGCUUUGGCUUUGUGAGUUAUGAAAAACACGAGGAUGCCAAUAAGGCCGUGGAAGAGAUGAAUGGAAAAGAAAUCAAUGGGAAAAUCAUAUUUGUAGGCCGUGCACAGAAGAAAGUAGAGCGGCAGGCUGAGUUAAAACGGAAAUUUGAGCAGCUGAAACAGGAGAGAAUUAGUCGAUACCAGGGAGUAAAUCUCUACAUUAAGAACUUGGACGACACCAUUGAUGAUGAGAAAUUAAGAAAAGAAUUUUCUCCUUUUGGAUCAAUCACCAGUGCUAAGGUAAUGCUGGAGGAUGGAAGAAGCAAAGGAUUUGGUUUCGUCUGUUUCUCAUCUCCUGAGGAGGCAACCAAAGCAGUCACUGAAAUGAAUGGGCGCAUUGUGGGUUCCAAGCCAUUGUAUGUUGCCCUGGCCCAAAGGAAGGAGGAGAGAAAGGCUCACCUAACCAACCAGUACAUGCAGCGAGUGGCUGGAAUGAGAGCGCUCCCGGCCAAUGCCAUCUUAAACCAGUUUCAGCCUGCAGCUGGUGGCUACUUUGUGCCAGCGGUUCCACAGGCUCAGGGACGACCGCCGUAUUACACACCUAACCAAUUGGCACAGAUGAGGCCUAAUCCACGCUGGCAGCAGGGUGGGAGACCUCAAGGCUUCCAAGGAAUGCCGAGCGCUAUACGCCAAUCUGGGCCUCGUCCAACUCUUCGCCAUCUGGCUCCAACUGGUAAUGCUCCGGCCUCUCGUGGCCUCCCUACUACCACUCAGAGAGUCGGGUCUGAGUGCCCGGACCGCUUGGCUAUGGACUUUGGUGGGGCUGGUGCCGCCCAGCAAGGGCUGACUGACAGCUGCCAGUCUGGAGGUGUUCCCACAGCAGUCCCGAACCUCGCGCCUCGGGCUGCAGUUGCUGCUGCCGCUCCUCGGGCUGUGGCCCCAUACAAGUAUGCCUCCAGCGUCCGCAGCCCGCACCCUGCCAUACAGCCCCUGCAGGCACCCCAGCCUGCUGUCCACGUGCAGGGGCAGGAGCCCCUGACUGCCUCCAUGCUGGCUGCCGCGCCCCCCCAGGAGCAGAAGCAGAUGCUGGGAGAACGAUUGUUCCCACUCAUCCAAACAAUGCAUUCGAACCUGGCUGGCAAAAUCACGGGCAUGCUGCUAGAGAUCGACAACUCAGAACUGCUGCACAUGCUCGAGUCCCCUGAGUCUCUGCGCUCAAAGGUGGAUGAAGCUGUGGCAGUUCUACAGGCUCAUCAUGCCAAGAAAGAAGCUGCCCAGAAGGUGGGCGCCGUUGCUGCUGCUACCUCUUAGACAAGGAAAACACGAUUCAAAAGCCAAAUAAUCCCUCACGGAAUUGAGCUCAAGGUUUGAAGACUUCCUAGUUUGUCCUAUGGACCUCAACACCAAGAACCACAAGUUGCAAAUUGAAUAGGUCAUUUUGUAUCAAAAGGUCAAUUAUGAAGCACCUAGAACUUUUCAAUUAUAAAAGUAUAUUCUCUGGGUUCUGCUGUGGCCCAGACAUUUUUUUUUUUCUAUUGUGGGUUUUGAUUUUUUUUUUUCCCCAGAAAUUGGUUUUAUUUGAUGUAUCCAAGUCUUAAGUUUCUCAAUAAAGAAAAAAAAAAUCUCCAUAAAA